UUAAUAAAUCGACUGAAAUCACCAUCUGCCUCCUUUCUGCUCGGUUACAUCAUGGCGCUGCGAGCAGUAUUUCAUUUUCAACAUCGUCAGUCAAUCCAGCGUGUAUCUGCUGCAUCUUGUGGUUCUUCUUCAAUGAAUGCUAAAACCAAAGGAUUCCUUUUACUCAUCAUUACAGUUCUACUUAGUUUAUUCAUUCUGAGCUAUGUUCUAUCGUCAGACGAAAGACUCUCCAGUUAUUAUCAUUCUGCUACAGAAAGGAGAACAACAAAUAGAAAACAGCCCACAUCAUCCUUUAGUGGAAACUUAUCUAGGAAUGUAAACACUGUUGUGAUCUUAUGGUACAAUUUUCCUUCCUAUUUGAAGAAUUUUGUGCAAAAUUUCAAAAGACAAAAAUGUCAAAAUGAAGGAGUGAAUUGUAUAUUAUCAACAGAUAAUUCUGAUCUCAACAGAAGUAGUAUUGUGAUUUUUACGCAUCGAACUCUUCCAAAAACUCCUCCUCUGAAGAUUGCAUCACAGGUUUGGGUUUUUAAUACUCUAGAAAACAAACGUUUUACAGUCUGGCCAAAUUCUGCCUGGCAAAAUGCAUUUGAAUGGAUCAUGUCUUAUCAGAGAACUGUUGAUAUCUCCAGACCGUACGGUAAAAUUAUCAGACUGGACAAAAGUAUAGAAAGAAACUAUUCUGAGGUUUUUCGUCAGAAGAAAAAAUUCGGUGUUUGGAUGGCUAGUCAUUGUCCUACGCCAUCUCGUCGGGAAAAAUACAUUAAAGAAUUGCAGAAAUACAUUGAAAUAGAUACGUUUGGAACAUGUGGAAAGAGAAAGUGUGGGGUUCAUAAUCCCAACAUGAAUGAGUGUCUGAGGAAUUUCUCUAGGGAUUAUAAGUUUUAUUUCGCCUUCGAGAACAGUAUUUGUACAGAUUACUCAACAGAAAAGGUGUUUAACUUGUAUGCAUAUAAUUUAAGCAUCAUACCGGUUAUAAAUGGUCCACCCCAAGCAAGUGAAUAUUUACCCAAGGAAACCUUUUUAAGCACAUUGGAUUAUACUUCUCCGAAGUCUUUGGCAAAAAAGCUAAAGGGAAUUGGAUCAAGUGAACGUUUAUAUACUCAAUAUCUGAAAGAAAAGGAUAAAUAUAUUUCGCUAGAGCAAAUUGAAAUUUUUCGAGACGCAAUGUGCUCUACUUGCGAAAUUCUUAAUCAACUUGGAGGGAAGAAAGUAUCCAUCAAACCGAAGUUGAAGUCUGUGUAUGGAAAAGGAUGCUAAGAUGGCCGGGAAAUGUUUGAAAAAAAACCUUGGUCAACUUGGAGGGAAGAAAAUAUCACACACAAAUCAAAUUUUAUGUCUGUGUAUGGAAAAUUUAAGACGCCUUAGGUAUCAAGGGACAGUUUCGGAUAAACUACCCGUCAUUUUUUUUUUUUAAUUGAGAGUUGCUAUACUUGAAAGCUUAUGAGUGUUGCUAAAAUUCAUGAAAUGAUUUUUGGGAUUUGAUUUUAAUCAACUCUCCUAUGCAGUUACUCAGACAAAUCGAAAGUGAAACAGUGUUUGGACCUCAGCACAAAUCAUCGCUGCUGACAAGACUUAGUUAAUUCUUGAAAACAAUUGAUAAAUUCGAUGUAAUGUAUGCUAAAGCAUUGUUUUUCAAGGAAACUUAUUUAUAAAUACCUUGAAAAUAGUCAGAUUUUAAAUGGAACAAACAAUUUAGAUUUUUUUGUAGUCGUAUGUAUUCCUACGCCAGAGUUCAAUAAACAAUGUAGUCUCGUUCAACUCGACGCAUGGCUGUCUCCGUAAAUCUCUGACAAGCAGAGAUUCUCUCUUGCUUGUCGGAGAUAUACGGUGUCCGCCGAGCGUUUGGUUGGGCGAGACUAGAGUUCAAUAUUGCUUAGAUCCACACAUUAUUCGAGAAAUAUUUCUAUUACUGAUACAUAGUUUGAUUGAAUCAAUUUUAUCUUUAAAUAUUAUUUAACAUGAUUCAUAUGGGAGUUUCUCGACAUUCAUGUCGAAAAAGUCCAAAAAAUCAUAUUAUAAAAAUGUGCGUAAGACAAAUACAAAUUAGAAACCACAUGUACUUGUCAUGCAAAAUAACAUAUCGUUGAUUUUGAAAUAAAUAAACAUCGACAAAAUCAAUUCCCGUCAGUUUUUCGGUACUUUGAUUAAUGAUUAUCAUUAGUUAUAAAAACCAGUAUGUAGAAAAUUGUACAGGUUUUGACUAGUAAUUUUCUUCGGAAAUUGGUGAUUGGCCUUAUAAAGAGUGAAUUAAAGGUAUUUGUGCUGAAUGAGAACUGAG